AUGAUUUGGCUUGAAGCAGAACUUUAUGACAUGCGAUGGAGUCAUUUUGUCUCGAUUGGAAGAAAUGAACUUUUAAGAUUAGGUCUAGACUGGACAAGAAAAUUUAUUCAAAUGAAAACACUAAAAACUCAAAAAUCAGAAUCAGGGAAAUUGAAAAAGACGAAGGAAAACUUUGUAAUGAAAAUCAGUUGA